GGCUACAGUGCGUAAUGCGCCGUCCCCUUGAGCACGCAUUGUCCUGAGCUCUGGGAGAGGUUGAAACGGGGCAGGGUAAAAAAAAAAAAAAGAAGCAGGCUGCGCUUUUAAAAGACCCGGGGAGACUAUAAAAGUAGUUUCAUGCCCGCUGCAGUGAAGGCUCGGCUCGCUAUGCGCAGACACACGGAGGUAGGCAGAGCAGAUAGACAGCAACACACACACCUAACACCCACACACACAGUAUUUAAGGUUUAUUUUCACAUGUGGCUCACUGUCAAAGGUAGUGCCUAAAGAGAAGCGUGCAUUUAUGGGGCAGUAAUUUUCUUUCUUAUGGUUUUUUGCAGCGAAACCAGAGUCAGGCAGUGUUUUAGUAAACUGCAUGUUUUCCACUUUAGUGAAUAGGAUGCUCGUCUUCUCCAGCCAACCCGGGGCUGUUUGACACAUUUCCGCCACCGAGCUGGAUCCACUAACCGGUGUGUUUUCUUACCGGGGGAAGCUGGGCUCAUUUCAACUUUUCUGGCUGUACCUUUGAUGCCACGGAAAUGGAGAGCGUGUCCGCGCUUUGUAGUAAAAGUUUGCCUUGGACGCUGCUGGUCCUCGCGCUGAGCUCUGUGUCUGUGCACGCGACCUGGAAGACCGGGCUGUACAAAACCUACUCAGCCUCCUCAGUGUACCAGAAAAGGAACUGGUGUCCUCACACGGUCACUAAGACAGUGACCUGCCAGGUGCAGAACGGGACCGUGCUACAGCGGGUGUACCAGACGUGCCGCUGGCCGCAGGGAUGUACAGGAGGAAGCUACAGGACCGUGGUCAGACCUUCCUAUAAAGUGGUGUAUCGCACUGUGACCUCUCUGGAGUGGAAAUGCUGUCCAGGAUUCAGCGGCGCGGCCUGUGGAGAAGGUAAGUGGAGACAGAAGGACUCUGGUCCAGGACCAGUGCAGGCGGAGGUGGUGGCCAUGCGCUGGGGAGGCUGGUGGGUCGGGGGCCGGGAGCCAGAGGGGCCCCGGGGGUGA